AUGGCAAAAUUCGAGAAGCGAACCUGGGGGGGCGGAACCGUCUGCAUCUCGGGUGACAAACGGACACCUCAGUACGGAUACAAAGGAAGAAUCAGUGUCGUGUGCUCUCCUUCUGUUUCCUUGAUCCCGGUCGCGCGGCAUAAGCCGCUAACGGGCUUGGCAUCAUUUUGGGGGCCCUACCUUGGUACUGUCUGUAUCCGUACUGUACUGCUACACUCGUGCCGUACCUUAGGUUCAGCGACCUCUCAGCCUGAGCAUCAUCAGAGCACCAAGGUCGCAUUGGUAUUCGCCCCCAACGACGUAACAAUGGGACCUUACUUUCUCCAUCAGAUUGGAAGAGACCCCACUGCUCGCUCGUCCAGUCUGCCUGCUUGCCCGCCUGCCUGCCACGAAUACCGGUAUCGACAAUUCCACCGCGGGCCCCGUAUCGAUGACGAUCUGUCUCAUUUCCUCAGCAGAGUCUUUAGUCGGUUAGAGACAACUGUUUGCCUACCUGCCUACCUACCUACCUAG